AUGACCAUGGAUUCCGUUGCCCGCAACCUAGAGGCGAGCCAGAAUCAUCUGUCGCGCCCACCGCACAGCAAUUGGGUCGUGCAAAAGUUCGGCGGUACCAGCGUCGGCAAGUUCGCCUUGAACAUCAUCGAACAGGUCGUCGAACCCAGCCUGGUCGACAACCGAGUCGCCGUCGUCUGUUCUGCCCGAAGCAACUCGACCAAGGCCGAAGGCACCACCAACCGAUUACUACGGGCAGCGCGGGACGCUGGAAUCCCCCACUCGCGCCAGUAUGAAUCCCUCGUUGACGCCGUCCGACGGGAGCACGUCCAAGUCGCCGAGGAACAGGUCAAGUCGCCGGAAUUGAGACAGCAAGUGAUCACCGACAUCAACGAGGAAUGUGAACGGGUUCUCAAAGUCCUCGAGGCUGCGCAGACACUGGGGGAGAUCAGCGCACGCUGUGUGGACAAGGUCAUCAGCGCGGGGGAGAAACUCAGCUGUCGACUGAUGGCCGCCUUCUUGCAAGACCGAGGAAUCGACUCGCAGUAUGUCGAUCUGGCCGAGGUGAUCGAUUUCCCCAUCGGCAACCAAGGUCUUGACCAGGACUUUUACAACACGCUGGCUGCCGCCCUCGGCAGGAAGAUCGAGGCCUGCGGACAUCGAGUCCCCGUGGUCACCGGGUACUUUGGAACGGUUCCUGGCGGGCUGCUCGAUCAGAUUGGCCGAGGCUAUACCGAUUUGUGUGCGGCCCUUGUUGCCGUUGGAACCCAUGCCAAGGAACUCCAAGUCUGGAAAGAAGUGGACGGCAUCUUCACGGCAGACCCCCGUAAGGUGCCCACGGCUCAUCUGCUCUCGACGAUCACACCCGCAGAGGCGGCUGAGUUGACAUUCUACGGCUCCGAGGUGAUCCAUCCGUUCACCAUGGAGCAAGUAAUCCGCGCCAGGAUCCCAAUUCGCAUCAAAAACGUGAUGAAUCCGAAAGGCAGGGGCACGGUCAUCUACCCCGACUCCACGGCCGAGCUCGAGCGGACCACUCCCGGGCAUGAUCCCCGACUGUUCCGGACUCGCAGUCCGAGCUUCAUGCAGAGACCCAAGCGACCAACAGCCGUGACCAUCAAGCAUAAGAUCCUAGUGAUCAACGUCCACUCGAACAAGCGCUCGCUAUCACAUGGCUUCUUUGCCGGCAUCUUCUCGGUGCUAGAUAAGUGGCGCCUGUCCAUUGACUUGAUCUCGACGAGUGAGGUGCACGUGUCCAUGGCCCUCCAUUCGGAGAUGCCCCUCCUCAAUGGCAACGGACGGGACGAAUACCAGGUCAUUGACGACGACCUGAAGGGGGCCUUGAAUGACCUCGGCAGCUACGGGACAGUAGAUAUCAUCCCGGAGAUGGCCAUUCUGAGUCUGGUGGGCAAGCAGAUGAAGAAUAUGAUUGGCGUGGCCGGCCGCAUGUUCACCACCCUGGGCGAGAACAACGUGAACAUUGAGAUGAUUUCACAAGGUGCGAGCGAAAUCAACAUCUCUUGCGUGAUCGAGGAACGAGACGCCGACCGGGCCUUGAAUAUCAUCCAUACCAGCAUGUUCACCUUCCUGGAUUAG